CGUUAGGAAGCAGCCACCGCCCACCCGCCGCCGCGUCGUCUUCCUCGUCAGCACGCAGGCAGUCGGGCCACCCCACUCGCCACCACCAACAGCAACAGCGGCAGUGCCGUCGCGUCGUCUCCCACUCCCACCUCCCCCGCCCGCCGUUCAAAUCUCUCCCUGCAACCCAGCAGGGCAGCCAGCCAGACAGAACCGAAGCAUGACGUCGGAGCCGAAGGCCUCGCGGCUCCUCCUCCUCGCUCUCCUCCUCGUCGGCGCCGCGGCCGCCGCGGGGGGCCACGACGACGCGGUGGCGCGGCGGACGAUGGAGGAGUUCGCCGGGUUCCCCGCCUCCGAUGGCGACGAGGGCCCGUCCACCGCGUUCCGCGUCGACUCCGAGGGCCUGCAGCGUCAGAUUGAUGAACUGGCGUCGUUCUCGGACUCGCCCGCGCCGUCCGUGACCCGCGUUCUGUACAGCGACAAGGAUGUGCGGGCUCGAAGGUAUAUCAAAGGGAUAAUGAAUGAUCUCGGCCUUGCAGUUCGGGAAGAUGCUGUUGGUAACAUAUUUGGCCGCUGGGAGGGUUCCGAAGCUGGACUAGGAGCAGUUGGAACUGGUUCUCAUGUUGAUGCCAUUCCAUUCUCAGGAAAAUAUGACGGUGUUGUUGGUGUUCUUGGUGCUCUUGAGGCAAUUAGUCUUCUAAAAAGAUCUGGUUUCCAGCCAAAAAGAUCUUUGGAGGUCAUUAUGUUUACAUCAGAGGAGCCUACACGAUUUGGAAUUAGCUGCUUGGGAAGCCGCUUAAUGGCAGGUAUUGAGGAACUAGCACAAUCCCUCAGAAAAGUAGUUGACAAUCAGAAUGUGUCAUUUUUAGAUGCUGCAGAAUCUGCUGGGUAUAAGAUGGAUCCAAAAGACCUGCAAAGUGUGUUCCUAAAGAAAAACAGUUACUCUGCUUUUAUAGAAUUGCACAUUGAACAGGGUCCCAUCUUGGAGAAGGAAGGUAUCCCCAUUGGCAUUGUUACUGCUAUUGCUGCUCCUGCAAGCAUUACAGUUGAAUUUGAAGGGAAUGGGGGUCAUGCAGGGGCAGUGCUCAUGCCUGCAAGAAAUGAUGCUGGACUGGCAGCAGCUGAGCUGGCAUUAGCAGUUGAGAAACAUGUCCUGGAAUCAGGAUCAAUUGAUACUGUUGGCACUGUUGGUAUUCUGCAGCUACAUCCAGGAGCAAUCAAUAGCAUCCCAAGUAAAUCACACCUAGAAAUUGAUGUAAGAGAUAUUGAUGAGAAAAGAAGGAAUGAAGUCAUUGAGAAGAUUCGCCGAUCUGCAACAGAGAUAUCAAAGAACCGUGGAGUUGUGCUUUCAGAAUUCAAGAUCAUAAACCAGGAUCCCCCUGCUCUAUCUGACCAAUCAGUUGUUGAGGCAAUGGAAUUUGCUGCAAAACAGUUGAACCUGGAGUAUAAAAAGAUGAUUAGCAGAGCUUACCAUGAUUCUCUCUUCAUGGCCAGAGUAUCACCAAUGGGUAUGAUCUUCAUCCCCUGUUACAAAGGUUACAGCCACAAGCCCGAGGAGUAUGCAUCGCCAGAGGACAUGGCAAAUGGGGUCAAGGUCCUUGCCUUGACAAUGGCUAAGCUAUCCCUGGAGUGACAAGUGAGCAUGCGGGGAAAUCAAGUAGCACCGCCAAACAACACCUGUGUUCUUGCCAAUAAUAAGCUGCACAACAGUGGCGUCAUCUUCCCCGCACCAGGCCUGCAUAUACACCAUCAUUUAUAGGAUUUAGGGUCAAAGCUGUCAGCUGGAUACACCAUGGCUGCAAUCCUGCAGUGUGGCACCUCCCUAGAUGCUUGAUAGGUGAACAAUUCACUGAAAAUGUGCACAGAUAUGUAAGGAUCACUGGAUCUGAAUGAAAGUACCGUCUAAUGCUGGUAGGGUACUCUGAAAAUUCUGAAACAAUAAGCAGCUGGGGCCUCUUUCAGAUUUUUGCA